AUGACUUUACCGACCGAGUCCAACUCGGCGGUCACCCGCCUGAUCAUCGUCUUUACCUUACUGGCUUCCCUAGCCGGCUUAACUCUGGGAUUCAGAUACUACUGCAAGCACCGCUACGCCAAGCAGCUAGGUGUUGACGACCUCCUUCUGGGUAUCUCCUAUCUCAUCCUCACCGCCGCCGCCAUCUGCACCGCCGUAGCCACCCGCCACGGCUUCGGUCAGCACAUUUGGACCAUCCCUCGUGUCACAGAAGCCAUAACGGCAGCCAGGAUCGUCUUCAUCGGCGGCGCUUUUGUGUUCUUUGGCAUCGCCCUGGCCAAGACGUCCAUCUGCCUGACGCUGUACAACAUCGCCCGAAGGAAAUGGCAGAGAUGGGCAUUGGUGUUUGUGGCCGCUUCGGUGCUGGUGACCAAGCUGUUGUCGGGCAUCUUCAUCUUUGUCUCGUGCACGCCUGUGCAAAAGAGGUGGAAUCCGAUGGUGGAGGGGAAUUGUUGGGAUAUUAUUGUGCUUUGUCGGUAUUGGUCUUUUUCGGGAGACGCGGCAGCAGAUCUAGUCAUAUGGGAAUCUGCCGAGCUAGCAGUCGCCAUCAUCGCCGUUUCUAUUCCAUUUGGCCGCUUGGCGGUCCAAGACUACUUCAGGAGGAAACAAGCACGAUCCGCAGGAAACACCACAAGCCAGGCUAAUGGGACCCGAAGUACACAGCCGGCCACGUCCGAGUCAACAAUGGUCCGGAGGGAUGUCAAUAAUGCUGACGACGAAAUGCCCCUUGCCCGGCGUCAACUGAAAGCAAAAGCCAAUGGUGGCGUCAGAUCUAGUACAGUGUCUCUGGAGCAAUUUCUGCGUGAAGCUCCAAAGAUGCCGGGAGCGUGGAGAGAGUCGGGAAUCAUGCUGACGAGGGAAGUUUCAGUUGGAAGACAUCGAACAGAUGGUUCCGAACAGGAGCUGGGAUGCCGAGCCUGGUCACCGCCGCCACCGUCGAAUGUGUGAGCAGUUGGAAAUCUGCUUUGGCAAAGGUGGGAGUUGGUAGAAUGAUAUGCUUGAUGAUGACUGCCAUAAGAGCUUUGAUUGAAAUGCAAAUCAUUGUUUUGUCGAGGACUGAAGGAGGUCGUCAAUGUUACAUUACAAUCUAGUUGUGCCUGAAUUGCGGGGAAUUCACGCGCUCCGCACAGCAGCCCAGCGGGGUGGCCCGCCCAUGCAGCCCUAUC